AUGAAGUUGACGGCCGCGGUGACGCUCUCCCAGAUCUGUGCGUUGUACGUGUUACUUGGAUGCAGUCCAGCGUCGACUGCACCAUUUACUAUAGGCUCAAUGCAAACGACCAUCAAACCAUAUGCCGAGUACAAUAAAAUCAAACCGUUUAAACACCAUGAUGUACACGAACCGUGGGAAACUCUCGACGAGAAAGUUGAGGGAAAUGUUUCGGCGAUGACUUCGGAUACAGCACCUGUUAUCGGUAUAAUGAACAAAGACAACACGGCGAUCAACUACGGUCACAGCCGGUCAAAGCAGAAGGACUUCAAAUACGAUCAGUUCCAAUCAUUUUUGGAAGCUUUGACUUCUGCGAGUAGUAAAUUUAAAGCGAUGUCGAUGACGACAGAACAACCAUUUGGGGAAGAACUCACCAGUAACUCGUUCAACGACUUAGACAUAACUGAAAUGCUACAGACGGAGCACUCAAAAACAUUUAAUAAGACUAAAUGGCUGUAUCCAAGGGCUGAAUUGGCUAUUAAUUUUCUUAAUACGUCAUAUAAUAUGGUAAUUAAUUCAACGACAACAAUGUCACCGACACUGCCAACCAUGCCGCCAUCGAUGAGAACUGUACUGCCAAACAUGACAACGACAAACAUGCCGCCAACCACGACGCUAAUGCAUUCUGACGAUAAUGAUAAUACUACUACCACUACGAUAAUACCGACAACUUACAGCAUAUACUACGACACAAAUGCCGAUCACCACGACUACGCAAAGGCCGAAACCGAAUAA